GGUUUCGGCCGCAGUGCACGCCGGGCAAAAGGAAGACCUCCAGAAGCUCCCCGCGCAGCGCGGCAGUGUUUGCGCUGCGGCCUUUGCGAGUGGUCGCCUCAGAACCAGUCUCCCGGUGAGCGGCGCGCAGAAACCUCGAACCGGUGGAGUCUCCCGUAACCAGGAGCCCAGAGGGCCUCGGAGACAGUCCCCUUGUCUCGGCGGCGGGUAUUAAUACCAACUGUCCUCCUAAGAAAAGUGCUGAGAUAGAGUAUUAUAAUACAAGAGCUUCUGAGUCUAUCCUGAACUUAGAUCGUGUACAUUUUGGGAACUUAUUUUAGAAAAGAUCUAAAUUUUAAAAAUUCUCAAUGGACAGACAGAGAAAAGAGGGUCUUUGCCAACUUCUUUGGACAUCUGCAGUAAGAAUGUCUUUCCCCCCUCAUUUGAAUCGUCCUCCCAUGGGAAUCCCAGCACUCCCACCAGGGAUUCCACCACCACAGUUUCCUGGCUUUCCUCCACCUGUACCUCCAGGAACCCCAAUGAUUCCUGUACCAAUGAGCAUUAUGGCUCCUGCUCCAACUCUGAAUUACCCAUCCACGGCUGUCUUAGUACCCACUGUGUCCAUGGUUGGAAAGCAUUUGGGAGCCAGAAAGGAUCAUCCAGGCUUAAAGGCAAAGGAAAAUGAUGAAAAUUGUGGUCCUACUACUACUGUUUUUGUUGGCAACAUUUCUGAGAAAGCCUCAGACAUGCUCAUAAGACAGCUCCUUGCUAAAUGUGGCUUGGUUUUAAGCUGGAAGAGAGUACAAGGUGCAUCUGGAAAACUUCAAGCCUUUGGAUUCUGUGAGUAUAAGGAGCCUGAAUCUACCCUCCGUGCACUCAGGUUAUUGCAUGACCUGCAGAUUGGAGAGAAGAAACUGCUUGUUAAAGUUGAUGCAAAGACAAAGGCACAACUGGAUGAAUGGAAAGCAAAGAAGAAAGCUUCUAAUGGGACUGCUAGGCCAGAAACUGUCACUAAUGAUGACGAAGAAGCCUUAGAUGAAGAAACUAAGAGAAGAGAUCAGAUGAUCAAAGGGGCCAUUGAAAUUUUAAUACGUGAAUACUCCAGUGAGCUCAAUGCCCCUUCACAAGAAUCUGACUCUCACCCCAGGAAGAAGAAGAAGGAAAAGAAGGAGGACAUUUUCCGCAGAUUUCCAGUGGCACCUCUGAUCCCGUAUCCACUCAUCACUAAGGAAGAUAUAAAUGCUAUAGAAAUGGAAGAAGACAAAAGAGACCUGAUAUCCCGAGAGAUCAGCAAAUUCAGAGAUACACACAAGAAACUGGAAGAAGAGAAAGGCAAAAAAGAAAAAGAAAGACAGGAAAUUGAGAAAGAACGGAGAGAAAGAGAGAGGGAGCGUGAAAGGGAACGAGAAAGGCGAGAACGAGAACGAGAAAGGGAAAGAGAACGUGAACGAGAAAAGGAGAAGGAACGGGAGCGGGAACGAGAACGGGAUAGGGAUCGUGACCGGACAAAGGAGAGAGAUCGGGAUCGUGAUCGGGAGAGAGAUCGUGACCGCGAUCGGGAAAGGAGUUCAGAUCGGAAUAAGGAUCGGAGUCGAUCAAGAGAAAAGAGCAGAGAUCGUGAAAGGGAGCGGGAGCGGGAAAGAGAGAGAGAGAGAGAACGUGAACGAGAAAGAGAGCGUGAACGAGAAAGAGAGCGUGAAAGGGAACGGGAGCGAGAAAGAGAAAAAGACAAGAAGAGGGAUCGAGAAGAGGAUGAAGAAGAUGCGUAUGAACGAAGAAAACUUGAAAGAAAACUCCGGGAGAAAGAAGCUGCUUAUCAAGAGCGCCUUAAGAAUUGGGAAAUCAGAGAACGGAAGAAAACCCGGGAGUAUGAGAAAGAGGCUGAAAGAGAAGAGGAAAGGAGAAGAGAAAUGGCAAAAGAAGCUAAACGACUAAAAGAAUUCUUAGAAGAUUAUGAUGAUGAUAGAGAUGAUCCCAAAUAUUACAGAGGAAGUGCUCUUCAGAAAAGAUUGCGUGACAGGGAAAAGGAAAUGGAAGCAGAUGAACGGGAUAGGAAAAGAGAGAAGGAAGAGCUAGAGGAAAUCAGGCAGCGACUUCUGGCAGAAGGGCAUCCGGAUCCAGAUGCAGAGCUUCAGAGGAUGGAACAAGAGGCUGAGAGGCGCAGACAACCACAAAUAAAGCAAGAACCAGAAUCAGAGGAAGAGGAAGAAGAAAAGCAAGAAAAAGAAGAAAAACGAGAGGAACCUGUUGAAGAGGAAGAAGAGCCAGAGCAGAAGCCCUGUCUUAAACCAACUCUGAGGCCCAUCAGUUCUGCCCCAUCUGUUUCCUCUGCCAGUGGCAAUGCAACCCCCAACACUCCUGGGGAUGAGUCUCCCUGUGGUAUUAUUAUUCCUCAUGAAAAUUCGCCAGAUCAACAACAACCCGAGGAGCAUAGGCCAAAAAUAGGACUGAGUCUUAAACUGGGUGCUUCCAAUAGUCCUGGUCAACCUAAUUCUGUGAAGAGAAAGAAACUCCCUGUAGAUAGUGUCUUUAACAAAUUUGAGGAUGAAGACAGUGAUGAUGUACCCCGAAAAAGGAAACUGGUUCCCUUGGAUUAUGGUGAAGAUGAUAAAAAUGCUGCCAAAGGCACCGUAAACACUGAAGAAAAGCGCAAACACAUUAAGAGUCUCAUUGAGAAAAUCCCUACAGCCAAACCUGAGCUUUUUGCUUAUCCCCUGGAUUGGUCUAUUGUGGACUCUAUAUUGAUGGAACGACGAAUUAGACCUUGGAUUAAUAAGAAAAUUAUAGAAUACAUAGGUGAAGAAGAAGCUACAUUAGUUGAUUUUGUUUGUUCUAAGGUUAUGGCUCAUAGUUCACCUCAGAGCAUUUUAGAUGAUGUUGCCAUGGUACUUGAUGAAGAAGCAGAAGUUUUUAUAGUCAAAAUGUGGAGAUUAUUGAUAUAUGAAACAGAAGCCAAGAAAAUUGGUCUUGUGAAGUAAAACUCUGUACAUUGAGAGUUCCAUUUCAGCUAUCGUCUUUCCCAUCCUUCAAAGGACUUUGAAAAUUAUUUUGUCUUCAAAGACAUUUGUGAGAUCUGUAAUUUUUUUUAAAUGUAGAAAAUGUGAAUUUUUUUUUUUUUUUUGUCCUCCAAUUUGUUGAUGCCCUGUGUACUCCCUUGGUUGUAAAGACAUCCGAAUCCUACCUUGGUUCUCUUUAUACUCACCAGGUACAAAUUACUGGUAUGUUUUAUAAGCCACAGCUACUGUACACAGCCUAUCUGAUAUAAUCUUGUUCUGCUGAUUUGUUCCUUGUAAAUAUUAAAAUGACUCCCCGAUUCUUUUGCAGAAUUGCACUUAAUAUUGAACUGUACUGUACAGGAACCAACAUGAACAAUUUUAAUAGAAAGAAUACCAGCCCACAUCUAUUACCCAUACCCCCUUGAUCAGAAUUGGCAGGCUUUCAUGAAGGCAUGAAAUUUAAAAUUAGAGUGUGAAAAUUAGGAGACCAUCCAUUCCUACUGUAUCUCUGUAUGAAUGUGUUUGUGUGAAUGUAUAUAUAAAAGUAUUUUCCCUAAUUUGCUUUGGAGGGCUCCCUUGAACGUUUUCUAAUUGAAAAAUAUAAUUGUAAAGGAAACAUGGUAUUGUGCCAAUCCAAAUGUCUGGGAUAAUUAGGUUAAUAGUCUCCCAGAGCAUGUUACUCUCUUACGGCAAGAAACAGUCUGUUGAACAGAAUGGGGUUUUCCUGUUGAUAGCUGGCUGCUUCAGCCCUUCUUUUAUGGGAGUGUGAAUCAGUGGUUCCCCUCUCUCCCCCCAAUUUCAUUGUUCAGAAAUGAGGCAGAUCCUUAGAUUGCACUGAUGGGUCCUUAGUUUAAUUUUGGUGUGCCCCUUUGCUUAAAAAAAAAAAAAUAAAAAGCAUAAAUGAAAAAUACUUUUUAAAAACAAAAUAAAAUUAGGCAAUUUUUCAGACUAGGAAAGUUUGACAAAAUACAAUAGAAUUUCAGCAUGGCAUUUUAUAAAAGUUUACAUCUUAUUUUUAAGAAUAAAGUACAUCAUUUAAGGCAGUUACCACUAAUUUUUUGUUUUGUAAAGGCUUUAUAGCUUGUGUGUGUGUAAGCACACACCUUGUUUACCUCUGCUCAUCAAAGUUUAAAAAUACAUUGAUGGUGUUGGAGACACACAUGGGGCUUUCUUUAUUGUACAUCAGAACUUCACCAGGGAGCAAAAUUAAUCGAAAAGAUAAGUUUUAAACAGUUCUAAAUACAAAGUAGGUGCAGGUAUUUCAUGUCUAAGUAUUUAUUUACAGAUGAAGAUUGGGAAUAGGAAGAUAAAGCCUAACUGAGCUGAGUUACUAGAUUUUUUUUUUUUACAUCUUAAGAGGACAUUUGAAAACACUGUUCUUAACAUUGAACCAUGACAUGGUUCCCUUAUGUAAAUAUUUCAGAUAUUAAAAAUGUAUAUAUUUGA